UCUGACCAUUACAUCACGUAACGUUGCGAAUAUAUGUGCCGUGGACUGAGUGGCAUUUAAAAAACCUCCCGAUCCCUGAAAACAUCUCGAGGAUGAUGAUGUCCGCAUAGUUAGUUUACUACUUAGUUAGUUUACUGCCUGGUUUGUCAGAGAGACCUUUUAGUCGUCCGACAUAUCUCGGCCCAAGAAGACAAGAAGACGGGAAGUUUCCAAUUCUCAAAUUCCCGAGUCUCAACAAAAAGUGUGGAGUGGACGAUAAAUAUCUUAAUAAAUAUCGUGGUGUGACGAGUGACAUAUUAAAAAUCGUCUCAAGUGUCCCCCUCCUCCUCCCCCUUUAGGAAAUAAAAUAAAUUACUAGUGAACUGGACAUAAUGUGGAGCAGGGCAGUGUUUGUGUUGGUCCACGUGGUCCUGGGGGUGGUGGCCCAGUACGACGUGACGAAUUGUCCCGUGGAGGACGCCACGUUUGAGUUGGUCACCGGCUGGAUGUACUCCUCUCCACAGGACAUUCUUGAAACGAGAGCCGGCACUUUGCAGCUUGCCGAAUGCAUCGAGGCCUGCAAAUCGAAUCAAUCUUGUCUCGCUGUCAAUUUUGAGACGGGACUUUGUGUCUUGUUUAAGAGCCAAGUUAAAGACAGGACGGACACCUUGAUCAAGUCGCAGUUUCCAGUUUUUACCAUGUACGCUCAAAAGCAGUGCAUCCCGUCGGCGCGGAGUUGCACCCGAGCGUGGGGGUUUGAGCUGGUGAGGGGCUACUAUAUCCGGAAUGGGGUCAAGAAACAGAUGCAACUUCCGUCAAGGAUGGCUUGCAUGGAUGCUUGUAUUCAGGAAAGGACGUUCCCAUGCCGGUCGGCUUGGUGGGAUGUGGUGAAGUCGGAAUGCGUCAUGAGUGACUUGGACCGGUACAGCUUAGACAACGCGGGCCGUUUCGCCCCUCUGGCCAAUGUGGAGUACAUGGAGAGCCAAUGUGUCGACGAGCCGAGUAAAAUGUGCGAGUUUAAAAGGAUUGAGAACAAGCUGCUCAAAACGGUGGAUUCUUUGCACGAAGGGGUCGCCUCGGUCGAGGAGUGUCGCCAACUUUGUAGCGAUGCCCCCUUCCGCUGCCACACCUUCGACUUCGAAGGCGUCUGCCGUCUCAGCCACCACUCCACCGUCACCGUGUCCCAGGUCGAAGAGCCCUACCUCGUCAUGAACGGGAGCGUCUCGUACGAACGCGGCUCCUGCUACAACGUCACCCUCGACUGUCAAGCCAACCACCUGAUCGCCCGCCUCUCCACGAACAAAAUCUUCAACGGAAAAGUGUACGCGAGACAUCGACCCAACUCCUGCGUUCUGGAUGUCAAACAGGCCAUGACCUUCGAAAUGGUGAUGGACUACUCCGAUCCCGGGUGCGGGAUUAAACAGGAAGAACCCGGCCGAUUCGCGACCGAUUUAGUCCUCCAACAUCAUGACCAAAUCAUGACAAGUGCCGACAUGGGGUUCGCACUCCGCUGCUCGUUCCACUUGGAGAACAGGAGUGUCGCUCAUGGAAUCGAGUUGCAAGUUACGGGACAAAUUCAAUCCAUGGCGAGUGAGUCGGCCGUCGUGCCAAGUCCAAAUGUCAGCAUGAGAAUUACAGACCGUGUCGGGGCCGACAUUUCUACGGCACAGGUUGGAGACCCGCUCUCCCUCCGCUUCGAGAUCGCCGAGGUGUCCUCUCCCUACGAAAUCUUUGUCCGCGAACUGAUCGCCAUGGAUGGUUCUGACGGUGCGGAAAUUGUGCUUAUCGACUCCCGCGGGUGUCCCACCGACCCCUCCAUCAUGGGCCCCGUGACGCACGUGCACAACCACGGGAAAAUCUUGCAAGCCUUUUUCGAAGCGUUUAAAUUCCCGACGAGUGAAGUGGUCCAAUUCCAAGCGCUGGUGACCCCUUGUCUCCCCACGUGUCAGCCGGUCGACUGUUCUCUGGCUGCAGAUCCCUCGACUGGGGGGUCGUUCCAGGCGCAAUCGUACGGACGGAGGAGGCGUCGCAGUGUGGGAGGUUCAAAUGACACCCAGCAGGUUGAGAAUGUCUUGGUCAUCAACAGUAUCCGGAUCGCUGAUAGAUUCAAAUUCCAAGAAAAUAACACUCUCGACGAGUAUGACGACACUGUGGCCGAUGACGAUUGGGAGGUCACUUCGUCCCGUUCGGUGUCUGGGCAGUGCCUAAAUUUCAUGGGGUUCCUGAUCUGUUGCGCGUUCCUGGUCGUGCUCCAAGUCGGGAUUAUCUUUGCGUGGUUGUUCCUCUGGAGGAGGAAGCAGGCCUUGAAUAAGAAAGUCCCUUUUCCCGAGUCGUCCCCCCUCCCCCCCGUCUCGCCCCCUAGUCCGCACUACUUCUACGCCACGACGAGCCCUCCCUCCCUGCAUCUGCAUCAUCAAGGGGACUUCACCACGGGGCGGAAGUACCUCCCAAGACUGUCGUAAAGAGGUGAGUGAGUCUAAAAUUAGGGGAAAAUUGAGACAAAAUUCAGCAGAGGAGCAAGUUGCAAUAGAACGAGACGACACAUGAGACAAUAAAUAUUUAGAAAAUAGACAACAUUUCAUGUACAACUUUACUAAACACUACGGACUAGACGAUAUUUUGGGUUAUUUAUUUAUUUAUUACCGUUUUUUCUACUCUUUAUAUUUACUUUUAGGAUGACACUCAUACAUUAUUUUCCUGACGGACAAAAGAGAUUUUUUUAGAGAGUGCUUUUUGGAUGAAUUUUUCCCUAAAAAUAGAGAGAGAUACAUACAUACGUAAAAAAAAUAUAUGCAAAUGAUCACUAAACAUCAUCACGUCUAGUUGACAAGAACCUGCACAAGUUUUUUUUUGCAACUUCCAUUCACAAACCCACUCGUCUCAUCGUCUUCUUCCUCCUCGUCAUGAAGAGGUGACUUACGUACAGGUAAAAAAAGCUACUAAUGAAUUUAACACCAAUUGUCUGUGAAGCGAACAAACGAGGAUCUUCUUCUUUGAGCAGGUGUAAAAAAAAGUUUUACUUUACCUUACACCCGUUUUUUCCGUGUGGUUAAGUUGACUUUUUUUAUUUUUAAUUUGGGGGUUCGCACAUCGGUCGAUUUCGAAACGAGUGGGAUACAAAUGUAUUUAUUUAUUGUGUGCAGUGACCUUGCAGAAGGAAAAGCUUUACAAAAGUAUGUAGGAACCUUCCGGGGUUGCUUAACUUUCAUGCAGGUUGUCGAGUUUCGUUACUCCAUUUGCAUGUGUAUUUUUUUUACUGUAGAUUUUUUUUAUCUGCGGGAUCCUUAACCGUGAAACAAUAGGGAACCGGUGGGUCGGUUGUUUUUAGGAAAGAAAAAAAAAUUCAUCCAAGGGGCAACUAUCUCGGAGAGGGAAAUAGUUAUUUAUUUAUUUAUUUAUUUAGGUGCUGGGUUUACAUACUUGUAAAUAUUUAAAUUUCAUCUCUCUCUUUUUUCGGGUUAUCUUUUGGUAUUAUUGGAACUGGUAGGUACUAUUUAGUUAGUUAACUCAUCAUCUCACUUUGAUCUUGUAAGAGGAAUGUAUUUAUUACGUAAGUAAGAAGUAGGAGAAUUAACACGAAUCCGACAUAAUGAGGACGUGGACGUGGACGUAACGUGGACGUGGAUGUCGUUAAAUGAGAACAAAAAGACCUUAUUUGAUCCAAAUUCCAAUCCUAAAUCUAAUUCUAAAUCCAACCCACGCACAUGCACGCAUGGAUUAUUCAUUAUUAUCUCGUCAAUAGCAGGAAUGUCGGACUAAUUAAAUCCUCCCGAAUAAAUAAAUGGGGGUAUUCACGACAAAAUUCGCAAAAUUUUGGUUACAAAUCAUUCACAAAGUAGUAUUGCAAAAAAUUGCAAUCUUUUCAAAAAAUAUGAUACACUGCGAACGCGUAAUCUUGGAUUUAUGUAUCAUUGGAUUUGGAUCUUUACAGGUUUUUUUUUCAACCGGAAUUGUAAAGUUAUCUACAUGUGUUGUUUGUUUGUUAUGUGUCAAUUUUACUAUUAUUUAUUUAUUUCUACAUAAUAAUAUGUCAAUGGGUAUGAAUGCCGCGUGGUGUGGUGUGGCGUGUGGGAAAAUCCCCUACAAAGAAAAACUUUUUUUUUUAACUUUUCCGUCCUCAAAAAAAGCACGAGUAAAAAAAGGAAUUCAUUAUUAUUAAAUAUUUCUUUAACCCAACAACAACAACUUUUUUGGCAUUCUUUCCAUUCCUGAAUGCAAUGCAUUUCAUUUCACUGCAAUUCGUGUUGGUCUGGUCAUUCUUGAAAUAACGCGACUGAACUGAACGGUGCAUGGACGGACGGAUGGAGGAAUAAAAAUAAAUAAUAAUAAUUGAUACGCUUCCUGGUCACACUUUUUUAACAGCGGGGAUCGUCGUCGUCGUCGUAAAAAAUCCAAAUUCAAUGCAAAACAAAAUCUACCUCAGAAAAUUAUAACUUUUUCCCUCAAACAAUACUUGGCCUAAAUCUGUCUAAAAUUCCCAAUUAAAAAUAGAUAAACAUGGGGGAAAAAAUCAAGGUUUAGACCAUGAAAAUUAUAUCCUGCCAGCCAUUUACCCGACCAGACCACAGUUUUUUUAAGUGUUUUAUUACAACUCUCUCAUAAAUUUGGUCAUCCAUGAGAAAGCAGUCUUGUUAAUUAAGAGAGAGAGGAAAUCUAUUCUCGGCAAGAGCAGAGAAUUUUAUUGUCGUUUUUGAAAUUAGCCUGCUUUAUUCGUACUCACUUUUGCACACCUGAUCCAAGUUGAGAUAGAUUAUAUCAUCCCAAAUCUGAUGAGCGAAUCCAAUUACGAUUAUUAUUAUUCGCAGUCCAUUGGCCGCGGAAGGAGGCGGGGGAACAGGGGGACAUUGUCCCCGGAGAAAUUCGGCAAAAUCAUGUCUUGUCAAUGUUCCUCCAAUUCCGUAAAACUAUUUUUUUUAAUAAUGUCCCCCCACUUCCGCGGCCAAUGAUUUCUCCUGCAAAACACAUCCUCGUCCAGCCCGACGAAAGGUCAGUGACCUCGCAGGUAGUAAAAAAAUGGAGAAGAGAGGGAACCAUUAAGAAAUUUGACCUUUAAGAUUCAUGACCAAAUUCAAUUCAGCAAAUUCGCAACGAUUAAUUUAAAUGGUGCUUUAUAUUUAAUUUCAUUCCGGAAGAAGUUCAAGUCGUAAAUAAAUAUUCGUGACAAAGGGUUACACUAAAUAUUCCGCCCAUCCUUCGUCGGCAUUGACAUUACUUUAAAAAAUAUUUAAAAUUAAAAUGAACACAAUAACAAUAAAUAACACAUCCUUCCACCAAAUUAUUCCGCCCGACGACGACAAAAACGUUAGAGAACAUUGUUACCAAAAAAUUUUAAUGUUCUUUGGUAAAUUUUUUACCGGAGGAACGCAAUACGAAUUUUGUAGGUUAAUGAGAUUAUUAAGUAUUUACGUCUCGUUUUUUAUUUACAUGGUUUUUACUUAUUCGGGUUUUUUUAGCGACAUUUAGUGACUUAAUUGACUUAAUAGACAAAACUAUUUCAAGGUGGAUGGUUAUCGAUUAGUAAAAGUAAACGAAAUUUAUGACGAAUUAAAGUUUUACUACUUUUUUUUGCUACCCACCCACCCACUAAACCAACGCCUUGAAAUUUAUUUAUCACGCCGGAAAUGAUCGUACAUACCUUGUACCAAAAUGAUAACUAUAAACAUUUUAUUGAUAAGUGUUGCUUGUGUAAGUACCGUGUAGAAAAAAUGAAUAAUUGUUAUUGGCCAUAUUUAAGUUAUAGACUUUACUACCGUGUACACACACAACUAUUAAUUUAUCAUCAUCAUCAUCAUUGUUGUUACUUUUAUUUAUGGUUGUGGUUAUAGAAUAGUUUAGACUGACGAAUUUUAGUAUUUAUUUAAAUGUAUGGAUGACAUUGAAAAUGAAAUGAAAACUAAAUUAGAAACGGAUUGGUUUUAUUUAUUUAUUUACGAAAAAUGAAUGCAACACAACUUUUUUGUUUAAGUUGUCAUUUGAUAAUUUGUCAGUAUUUUUACCGUGUAGUCCAAUUUUUUCCGAUAGAAAUUCGUAGUUGAAUGCCAUUUAAUAUAAAUAUUUAACUACUUAAUUAUCGAAAUAAAAAUAACCAUGAUUUGAGAAAUUU